AGGGAGCCGCAUGGAGCCCCCGGCGGCGGACGGCCGCUUCCUGGGCGACUUGGGCUUCUGGGUGGAGCGGACCCCCGUGCACGAGGCAGCCCAGCGGGGCGAGAGCCUGCAGCUGCAGCAGCUGAUCGAGAGCGGCGCCUGCGUGAACCAGGUCACGGUGGACUCCAUCACGCCGCUGCACGCGGCCAGUCUGCAGGGUCAGGCGCGGUGCGUGCAGCUGCUGCUGGCGGCCGGGGCCCAGGUGGACGCUCGCAACAUCGAUGGCAGCACCCCGCUCUGCGACGCCUGCGCCUCGGGCAGCAUCGAGUGCGUGAAGCUCUUGCUGUCCUACGGGGCCAAGGUCAACCCGCCCCUCUACACGGCGUCCCCCCUGCACGAGGCCUGCAUGAGCGGGAGCUCCGAAUGCGUGAGGCUGCUUAUCGACGUGGGGGCCAACCUGGAAGCCCACGAUUGCCACUUCGGGACCCCUCUGCACGUCGCCUGUGCCCGGGAGCAUCUGGACUGUGUCAAGGUGCUGCUCAACGCAGGGGCCAACGUGAAUGCGGCGAAACUUCACGAGACGGCCCUUCAUCACGCGGCCAAGGUGAAGAACGUCGACCUCAUCGAGAUGCUCGUCGAAUUUGGAGGCAACAUCUACGCCCGGGACAACCGCGGGAAGAAGCCGUCGGACUACACAUGGAGCAGCACCGCCCCCGCCAAGUGCCUCGAGUACUACGAGAAGACGCCUCUGACUCUGUCGCAGCUCUGCAGGGUGAGCUUGCGGAAGGCCACCGGCGUCCGCGGGCUGGAGAAGAUCGCCAAGCUGAACAUCCCACCCCGGCUCAUCGACUACCUCUCCUACAACUGAGCGUGGGCGCCGCGGCCGGCAGGCUGGAGGGGGUCCUGCCUGUUUGUCUGAAGGGCGUGAUCGCCGUAGGUAGAAAGACGCUCCUUUGAGUCCCUGUCGGCUGUCCUG